UUAAUAUCGUAGUAUUGCAAAAUACGCACAUGUACUUGAAGUUUAUACUGUUGGUUUUAUGACAAACAAUCGAUUCGUACAACUAAAUUAUUUAUUGAAAAGAAGCACAAUGGAGCAUAAACGUACACAAAGUACACAAAAUAAUGGCACUGAUUCAAACGGUGAAUGUUCAGAAUCGACGGAUAUGUUCACAUUAGCGAGCCAGAUUGAUUCUAGUUUAAACUCGAAGAUUAAGACCUUACUCAAGGACGUCACUGUUUUCAAUGCGUGUUUACAGUUCUUCAACAGCGACAUCUUGGUACCAGUGGGCAGUUCUCAAGAUGGAUCGAAAGUUAACGUGCCUGGUGACGGGGGAGACGUGGAUAUUUUACUUAUUUCAAAAACCGUGGUUCUUGAAGAAUCGUUAUUGGAAUACGACCGCCGUUACCCCGCAUUUCUGAGAGUUCGAGGUGAUAACACACACUUGAAAUUGUUCAAAUGGAAACGUUUAGUCGAAGGUGUGUACGUACCAGUAAACGUUUUGAAGAAUCUCGAACGUAGAAUAUAUGGUUUAAUGAGGUUUUUUGUUAGCGCAAUCUCCGUCCGGGUAUAUCGUCAGAAGGAGAAUGCCUAAACACUUUCAAAGAAUCUGCAGUCGGUUUGGAGAUUGCAGCACUUGAUGGGUCAUCCACCAUGGAUGCGUUGAGUAUUGCGGACAUUCCCGAAAAUAGGGUCAACCAAUGGGAAAUUAUUCUGAAGUUCGUUCAUAGUGUUUUGGAAAUGUGCAAUGCUAUGGCUCACAAAUGUGAUCCACAUGACGUCUGCAACGCACAGAGUCCAAAAUCGUUUUCAAAUGUAGCAGAAGGAGUAACAAAUGCUGGGAAAAAAGUUGCAGACUUGUUAAGAUACUUCAAUGAUGAUAAAGUUGAUUCGAAAAUGAGAAACGAAAUAAGGGAACCAGAGACCAAAACCGACCCGAUAUACGGAAGCAGUUUUUGCAACGAAACGGCAAUUGGGGAAACAACUGAGCUCCCUAAACUUAUGACUGCUGAUAUAGUACCUGCAUUUACUAUUCAGGGCUGGCCAAGAGUGGCCAGAGAAUGGAUAACAAGGCAACGAAAAUGGCCUCAGAAAGAAACUGUCAUGAAAAUUGUUCAAAUAGGCUGCCAAAUAGUUGCAAAACGUCCGUUAUUUGCGGAACUGAAUGGCGACAGAAACAACGAGAAUCAUUCUCCGGAAGUCGAUGGAAAUGACACAUGUUUUCGGCUGUCAUUUUCUCAGUGUGAACUCGCUUUAGCAAAGCAACUUUCUGAGGUACCGCUUCUAUGUUGGAAGAUUUUGAAGGCGUAUCAAAAGGCGUUUCUACGAACAGAACCACCAGUACUGACUUCGUAUCAUUGGAAAACUGUGUUAUUUUGGAUCAGAGAAGACACAGAUGACAGUUUUUGGUCGAAAGGGAACUUGUUGAAUUGCGUUAUAAAGGCUUUGGAUUUCAUGAUUAAUUGUCUUGAGGACCGUUUUCUGCCUGUAUACUUUGUCCGUGAGGAAAAUCUGAUCACCGGAUGUCGAGAUGACCUGGUGGUUAAAAGUCUAAUCAAGGUCUCUGAUAUUCGUAGGGAACCAUCAAAAUUCUUGUCUAUGUUUCUAAAAGAUCCACCAAAGCCCGACCUUUAUAUAAUUUCAAAAGAGAAAAUAAACGAAUACUUAUCCACAGAAUGUCAGCAAAAUAUCGUUGAAGAUAUAUGUGAUGAUUUGAUGUACGGAUUGUGGACUUCCCUACCAUUUUCAACCACUGAAGAUGGGAUCCAAUUCAAUGGAGAAAGAUAUGACAGCCACAGGCGACGUAUUCCUUAUGUCUUCCGCAAUUGGAUGCAGUUAAUUAAGAGUGAAACAGUAUGUGACGCAGAUACUCGCUUGAAACAACUUAUUUUAACUGGCGUUGAUUCUUUUACUGAAAAUGUACUUACAUUUAUUAAAGACGAAAACAGUGCAGAAGCAGACGUUGAAAUCGAACAGGUAAUAUAUUCGAGACAACAGGACACAAAGUUGACGAAAGCACCGGAAUCACAGGUAUGGGAUAUGCCGGCAAUGGCUACCAUUCAAAAAGAUCACACGAGACUCACAAACGACAGCGCAACUGCUGACGCUGAUCCACAUAACUCUGAAGAAAUCGAUGAAGACCAGGUAUCUAGGGUAGAAGAUUCUGCAAUGUCGUCCUAUUCCCCAUGCCAAAAAGUAAAAACAGACGACGAUCACAACGAACGACCUCAGACGGAAGAAAUUUUAGGAGACAAAAGUACCCAUUCAGACUGUCAAAAAAAGUCGACAAUUCAAUCGCCCGAUUCACCGAGAAAAAGUGUUAACGCAUUUGUCGAAAUUCGUCAUGAGCUUUUUCAGCCCGUUUCAGAAGAAAGAGAUGAAGAAAACAAUGAUGGAGAAUGUACGUCUGGGGUUGAUUUCCGAAGUUUUGCUAGAAAGUUUGUUCGAAAUUUUCAAAACCAACUUAGUGAAAAAAACUAUUACAACCAUGACAACAUGACCGAUCCAUGUAAAACAAGUAACCCUACAAGGGUACUAUGUUCUGAAUAUAAUGUGCAUGACUUUGAAGAUAUUGCUGAAGACAAGGGAUUUACUUUAGAAGCUUCUAAAACAUCAUCUGCAAAAACGUACGAUGCUUUGAGUCCGGAAGUAAAAAAGGGUGUCGAUCCAAAUAAACCUCCACACAUAUCUGAAGAAAGUGUUGGUGGCAAAAGUUCGCAUGCAGAAGAUUCAACAAAAUUUAAUACACCAUCGGCCGAUAUUCUGAGUCGAAAAAUGGAGGCGGGUGUUAACUUAGUAAAUGCCUUUGUUAGGCUUGUAUAUGAUGGAGAAAACAAAGAUGAAGAGGUACGCGAGUCCGGGUUUUUCGGUUUCGCUGGAAACUUUCUAAGAAACUGUCAAACGCUACUAGGUGAAGAAAAAAUUGACACAUGUGACAACGAAACCGAUUUAUGUAAAGAUAGCAAACCCACAAAGGCUCAUUGUGACUUUGACCUUGAUUGACGUUUGGGGUUUGUCCAAAAAUAACUUGACAAUAACUU